AUCAGAAAACUUUCCAGCUUCAUGCCUCACAUCAGCGCGCACUCAACUCAUUCAAACUGAGUGUGCCGCGUGAAUACAAGCUGCAUGUGUACCAACUGUUCAUUAAUGACCUGGGACAAAAUAGCAGUCUUCUUUUUACAACUUUCAUGGACAGUUCAGCAUGUCACAGCCAUUCACAGACAUGACAUCUAUCCAUAUGGGAUGUUUUACGGCGAUGCUGCUCUGCAAGCAGGGGACGAUGAGACUUCUGAAGUGAUCACGCUCACCAAACCCAUGUACUUCUAUGAGGCGUCCUUCAAUAACUUAUAUGUGGCCACCAAUGGAAUCAUCUCAACUCAGGAUCUUCCCAUGGAGAAGCAGUAUGUAGAUGACGGCUUCCCCACCGACUUCCCUGUCAUCGCCCCCUUCCUGGCUGACAUUGACACCAGCAAAGGAAAAGGAUCCAUCUUCUACCGGCAGACGGAGUCUCCUACCGUGCUGAAGCGGGCAGAAGCGGAUGUCAAGAGAGGCUUUCCAGAUACCACGUUCACCCCAACCCAUGCCUUCAUUGCCACCUGGGAAAAUGUGUCCGCUUAUGAGGAGGUCACCCGCAGCUCUAGACCAUCCAAUCGGGUAAAUACAUUCCAAGUGGUGCUUGCGUACAAUGAGAGGGAUACUUAUGCACUCUUCCUAUACCCUGAGGAUGGCCUGCAGUUUUUUGGGUCACGGCCCAAGGAAUCUUACUAUGUCGAAAUUGAGCUUCCAGCUCGUGUGGGCUUCACCAGAGGAGAGCUGUCCUUCCUCUUCUUUUCCCGGACAGAGGGGCCAUACUACAGCGUCACCAGCGAUGAGCAGUCCGUCAAAAACCUUUACCAAAAAGGAAACAUAGGAGAGCGUGGAGUUUGGCUCUUCCACAUUGGAAACAGAUAUUCCUUCCAGAAUGUUGUUCCUGCACAGCAUGAGGCUUUUUUCACCAAAGCUCCCCCAGUCCUGGAUGCCGUGCUCCCUGAUGAAGACUACUCAGAAACAGAUGAGGAAGAGUAUGAUCCCAUCGAUCCUGACUUCCAAGAUCCCACCACAACAGAGUUUCUUGAGCCAGAGAAAGACUCCUCAAUACUGGAGCGUCUCAACCAGGAGGUGCAUCUUGGUCAGUCUCCUCCUCAGCCCUCAGAGUCUGGUCCAGGUGAGUUUCCUCAGCCGGAUCCCCAUAGUCUUCCCCCAGAGGACGUGACCCAGCCCCAGCAGCCAUUACCAAAGCACGCAAUUCUGCAGGUGUACCCAAACCGUGUGAAGGAUGUCCCACCUUCUGGUGGUCAAGUGUUCAGUGUUGAGGAGAAAGUGGACUUUGACUCUGGAGUGAUCCAUUACUCAACCGAUAAUAAAGAGACAUGUGAGCGCUUCCAGCAGCAGUGCAGUCAGAACGCACACUGCACAGACUAUUCUACAGGCUUCUGCUGUCACUGCAACUCAGGAUUCUACGGCAACGGCCAGCACUGCCUGCCAAACGGUGCUCCUCACCGUGUGAAUGGAAAGGUCAGAGGGACUGUACUGGUCGGUGGCACAGCAGUGCAGCUGGACAGUAUCGACCUGCACGCCUACAUCGUGGUGGGUGACGGACGAGCAUACACUGCCAUCAGUGAGGUCCCAGAGCCGGUGGGCUGGGCCCUCAUGCCCGUGGCCCCCAUUGGAGGUCUGUUUGGUUGGCUCUUCGCCCUGGAGCUACCAAACAGCCUUAAUGGCUUCAGUAUCACCGGUGCCGAAUUCACUCGCCGUGCUGAUGUAAUCUUCUAUCCCGGUAACCAGCGUCUCAGCAUCGUCCAGACAGCUACGGGUUUGGAUACCCAGAACUACCUCAAUGUGGACACUCAUUUACAGGGCAGUGUUCCCUUCAUCCCUCCUGGUGCCACGGUGCAGAUGGAGCCAUUUAAGGACACCUACCAUUAUUAUCCUUCAUUGAUUACCUCCACAUCCGUGCGUGAGUUUACAGUCACGUCAGCUGAAAAUGGAGCAGAGACACACAGUUUCCAGGUCAAACAGAACAUCACAUACAGAGACUGCACUCACGGGCCCCGCAGCAGACUGGAGACGCUGGAACUGAGAAUGGAGCGCAUAUUUGUUAUGUACGUCAAAGAAGAGCGCAUCCUUCGAUACGCCAUCACCAACAAGAUCGGCCCUCUUGGAGCUGGAGACCCAGAGCCAGAAGAUGUAAAUCCCUGUUACUCUGGAAAUCAUGACUGUGACACAACCGCACAGUGCAUGCCUGGCGAGGGACAGCUGUUUUCGUGCCAGUGCGCCACAGGUUACAGAGGAGACGGUCGCAACUGUUAUGAUGUGGAUGAGUGUGCAGAAGGUCUGAGCUCCUGUGGGGCUCAUUCUUACUGUGUGAACCUGCCUGGAAGCCAUCGCUGUCAGUGUGAGAGCGGAUUUGAGUUUGGAUUUGACGGUCGGACAUGUCAGGAUGUGGACGAGUGUCGUGACCAGCCGUGCCACACCCAGGCCUUGUGCUCAAACAGUCUGGGAUCUUUCCACUGCCAGUGCCAACCGGGAUACCAUGGAGAUGGUUUCCAGUGCCACUUUCAAAAUGGUCGCCCCAAGACCCACUGUGAGCAGCACAGAGACAGUCUUCGUAGCAGAGAUGGCGAUGUUCCUCUGAUAGGAGCCUUCAUCCCUCAGUGUGAUGAGGAGGGUCAGUACCGGCCCCAGCAGUGCCACGGGUCCACAGGUCACUGCUGGUGUGUGGACAGUAGAGGACAGGAGAGAGCGGGAACCAGAACUCCACCUGGAGCCCCAACAAUAAACUGUGAUGAGCCUGUGCGUCCAGAGCGUCCUAAGACCCACUGUGAGCAGCACAGAGACAGUCUUCAUAGAGGAGAUGGUGGUGUUCCUCUGAUAGGAGCCUUCAUCCCUCAGUGUGAUGAGGAGGGUCAGUACAGGCCCCAGCAGUGCCACGGAUCCACAGGUCACUGCUGGUGUGUGGACAGUAGAGGACAGGAGAGAGCGGGGACCAGAACUCCACCUGGAGCCCCAACAAUAAACUGUGAUGAGCCUGUACAUCCAGAGCGUCCCAAGACCCACUGUGAGCAGCACAGAGACAGUCUUCGUAGAGGAGAUGGUGAUGUUCCUCUGAUAGGAGCCUUCAUCCCUCAGUGUGAUGAGGAGGGUCAGUACAGGCCCCAGCAGUGCCACGGGUCCACAGGUCACUGCUGGUGUGUGGACAGUAGAGGACAGGAGAGAGCGGGAACCAGAACUCCACCUGGAGCCCCAACAAUAAACUGUGAUGAGCCUGUGCGUCCAGAGCGUCCUAAGACCCACUGUGAGCAGCACAGAGACAGUCUUCAGAGCGGAAAUGGUGGUGUUCGUCCUAUAGGAGCCUUCAUCCCUCAGUGUGAUGAGGAGGGUCAGUACAGGCCCCAGCAGUGCCAAGGGUCCACAGGUCACUGCUGGUGUGUGGACAGUAGAGGACAGGAGAGAGCGGGAACCAGAACUCCACCUGGAGCCCCAACAAUAAACUGUGAUGAGCCUGUGCAUCCAGAGCGUCCUAAGACCCACUGUGAGCAGCACAGAGACAGUCUUCGUAGAGGAGAUGGUGAUGUUCCUCUGAUAGGAGCCUUCAUCCCUCAGUGUGAUGAGGGUCAGUACAGGCCCCAGCAGUGCCACGGGUCCACAGGUCACUGCUGGUGUGUGGACAGUAGAGGACAGGAGAGAGCGGGAACCAGAACUCCACCUGGAGCCCCAACAAUAAACUGUGAUGAGCCUGUGCGUCCCAAGACCCAGUGUGAGCAGCACAGAGACAGUCUUCGUAGCAGAGAUGAUGUUCCUCUGAUAGGAGCCUUCAUACCUCAGUGUGAUGAGGACGGUCAGUACAGGCCCCAGCAGUGCCACGGGUCCACAGGUCACUGCUGGUGUGUGGACAGUAGAGGACAGGAGAGAGCGGGAACCAGAACUCCACCUGGAGCCCCAACAAUAAACUGUGAUGAGCCUGUGCAUCCAGAGCGUCCCAAGACCCACUGUGAGCAGCACAGAGACAGUCUUCGUAGACGAGAUGGUGAUGUUCCUCUGAUAGGAGCCUUCAUCCCUCAGUGUGAUGAUGAGGGUCAGUACAGGCCCCAGCAGUGCCACGGGUCCACAGGUCACUGCUGGUGUGUGGACAGUAGAGGACAGGAGAGAGCGGGAACCAGAACUCCACCUGGAGCCCCAACAAUAAACUGUGAUGAGCCAGUGCAUCCAGAGCGUCCCAAGACCCACUGUGAGCAGCACAGAGACAGUCUUCGUAGAGGAGAUGGUGAUGUUCCUCUGAUAGGAGCCUUCAUCCCUCAGUGUGAUGAGGAGGGUCAGUACAGGCCCCAGCAGUGCCACGGGUCCACAGGUCACUGCUGGUGUGUGGACAGUAGAGGACAGGAGAGAGCGGGAACCAGAACUCCACCUGGAGCCCCAACAAUAAACUGUGAUGAGCCUGUGCAUCCAGAGCGUCCCAAGACCCACUGUGAGCAGCACAGAGACAGUCUUCGUAGAGGAGAUGGUGAUGUUCCUCUGAUAGGAGCCUUCAUCCCUCAGUGUGAUGAGGAGGGUCAGUACAGGCCCCCGCAGUGCCACGGGUCCACAGGUCACUGCUGGUGUGUGGACAGUAGAGGACAGGAGAGAGCGGGAACCAGAACUCCACCUGGAGCCCCAACAAUAAACUGUGAUGAGCCAGUGCAUCCAGAGCGUCCCAAGACCCACUGUGAGCAGCACAGAGACAGUCUUCGUAGAGGAGAUGGUGAUGUUCCUCUGAUAGGAGCCUUCAUCCCUCAGUGUGAUGAGGAGGGUCAGUACAGGCCCCAGCAGUGCCAAGGGUCCACAGGUCACUGCUGGUGUGUGGACAGUAGAGGACAGGAGAGAGCGGGAACCAGAACUCCACCUGGAGCCCCAACAAUAAACUGUGAUGAGCCAGUGCAUCCAGAGCGUCCCAAGACCCACUGUGAGCAGCACAGAGACAGUCUUCAGAGCGGAAAUGGUGGUGUUCGUCCUAUAGGAGCCUUCAUCCCUCAGUGUGAUGAGGAGGGUCAGUACAGGCCCCAGCAGUGCCACGGAUCCACAGGUCACUGCUGGUGUGUGGACAGUAGAGGACAGGAGAGAGCGGGAACCAAAACUCCACCUGGAGCCCCAGCAAUAAACUGUGAUGAGCCAGUGCGUCCCAAGACCCACUGUGAGCAGCACAGAGACAGUCUUCGUAGCAGAGAUGGCGAUGUUCCUCUGAUAGGAGCCUUCAUCCCUCAGUGUGAUGAGGAGGGUCAGUACAGGCCCCAGCAGUGCCACGGGUCCACAGGUCACUGCUGGUGUGUGGACAGUAGAGGACAGGAGAGAGCGGGAACCAGAACUCCACCUGGAGCCCCAGCAAUAAACUGUGAUGAGCCUGUGCCUCCCGUCCAGCGUCCAGAGACCGUCUGUGAGCGCUGGAGAGCCAGUCUGAUGCAGCAGUAUGGAGGCCAGCCGGAUUCCCACCAUUAUCUACCUCAGUGUGACUCUGCCGGGGAGUUCAACCCAGUUCAGUGCUACGGAGACAGCAGCUACUGCUGGUGUGUGGACCAAAACGGAAGGGAGGUACCAGGAACCCGCUCACACGAUGCUGUGAAACCUGCCUGUAUUCCUACUGUGGCCCCUCCCACCAUGCAUCCUCUGCCACGCCCAGAUGUGACCCCACCUCCAUCAGGCACGUCCCUGCUCUAUGCCCAGGGCCAGCAGAUUGGAGUUUUGCCUCUCAUCGGCACACAGAUGGACAAGCAGAGAUCUUCAGUGCUGCUUGCUUUACAUGGCUCUAUAGUGGUCGGCAUUGAUUAUGACUGCAGAGAAAGAAAAGUUUAUUGGACGGAUCUGGCUGGACGGACAAUCAAUAGAGCCAGUCUGGAGCCAGGAUCAGAACCUGAGAUUAUCAUCAACACAGCUCUGACGAGUCCAGAGGGUCUUGCUAUAGAUGUCGCCCGUAGGAGACUGUUUUGGGUGGACAGCACAUCAGAUAAGAUUGAAACGGCGAACCUUGAUGGAAGUGACAGGCGUGUUCUGUUUGACACAGACUUAGUAAAUCCCAGAGCCAUCAUCGUACACUCCCCUACAAGAACACUCUACUGGACUGACUGGAACCGAGAAGCUCCUAAAAUCGAAAGCUCCUCUGUGGACGGACAAAACCGAAGAGUCCUGGUACAGGAUGGGAUUGGACUGCCCAAUGCUUUGACCCAUGACUCCACCACAGGCCAGGUCUGCUGGGCCGAUGCAGGGACCAAGCGUCUGGAGUGUAUAUCACCUAACGGGACAGGGAGACGUGUGGUCCACAGUAACCUGAACUACCCCUUCAGCAUGGUCGCCUUCACCAAUCACUACUAUUACACAGACUGGAGGAGGGACGGGGUCAUCGCUCUCAAUCGAGAUAACCAGUCAACAGAUGAGCACUUGCCUGAUCAGAGGUCUCAUUUGUACGGCAUUACAGUUGCUCCUCCACACUGUUUAUAAGGGAGACGCUAAUGACAGAGCCAGCGUUACAUGGUGCUAUUUUGAGCUGUGGGAAUCACGACGGAGACGUGGACUCAGAAGAGAGCCAAUGGCAGAACCCGCAAGUCUCGACCAACGUCACUGUCAAUGCCAAAGUGCAAAUUUACAAACACGAAAUCUUGAAUAUUUUCUCAAAAUAGUUUUGUAAAUUUGUUUUAUACCUCAUUUUUUCUUUCUACUGUACUUUUGUAUGUGACUUUUUGUUAAAAAAAAAACUAACAAAUUUAAAAAAUACCCUCAGAGUUUAGUUGUGUAAUUUGUAUGUUUUUAAAUACUCUUAAACAGUAUUUUUAGGGAAAAGAAGUUAACAUUUUUUAAGUGAAAUUGCUUGGAAUACCAAAAGAGGUAUUUUACCAACCGUCAUUUUUUUUAAUCCUUUUUUUUAUCUUUUGUAAGAUGUGAUAUUUAUAACAAUAAAAUGUGAUUGACAACUUUAA